AUGACUGCAGCUGGCGAUGAGGCCAAACCAGCAAAGACCAUUUUGGAGAUCUUCAAAACCAAAACCAUAUUGUUAUUAAGUUUCUGCAUGGCAUACACGGGUUUGGAGCUGUCAUUUUACAGUGGCGUGUAUGGAACUUGCAUUGGCGCUACCACACACUUUGGCGACACAGCAAAAGGCUUGAUUGGGGGAGCUGGAGAAAUGAUUGGGGGAGGACUGUUUGGCCUUGUGUUGAAAAAUAGCCGGUUUAGACGCACAUCAGUGGUCUUUCUAGGAAUGGUUGUGCACUUUGUAGCUUUCUACCUGAUAUUCCUCAACAUUCCACAUGAUGCACCUGUGGUCCUCAAUACUAGCUCACAGCAUAAGCCAUAUCUGAUGCCAACUGUUUCCGUUGCCCUGCUGUGCAGUUUUUUGCUCGGUCUUGGAGACAGUUGUUUUAACACUCAACUGUACAGUAUCCUGGGAUGGGCAUAUUCUGAACAGAGUGCCCCAGCCUUUGCCAUAUUCAAAUUCAUACAGUCCAUCUUUGCAGCACUGGCGUUCUUCUACAGUGGUUAUAUGUUGCUCACCUGGCAGCUCCUGGUUAUGGUCGUCUUAGGCUUCACAGGAACCUUGUGUUUUUUCAUGGUGGAGAGGAUGCAGAAUGUUUUAGCUGAUACACAAGAGUAUUAGACACUUUCAUUGUGCCAUUGCUCAAAACAUUUCAGUAAGCAUUUGGACUACUUGCACUAUUUGUUUGUUUUUAUUAGAAUACAUCACCACUCUUGAUUUGAAGAAGAUGGAUGCAGCUUUUUUAUGUUUAUUUGCUGUGAUAGAAUAUUAAGAACACUUUUUAAACAAUGUUUACAUUUCUGUAAUGUAACUGUAAUCACAAAGUAUUUAAUUAACUUCAUGCGAAUGUAAAAAAAAAACUAGGUGUAUGUUUAGGAGAGAUAUAAGCGCCUACACAAAAAAAUUCUCAGUCAGUUAAGUUAGUCUUCUGAAAGUAUUUCUCUCGGGGUUCUACUGUAUUUUGUGUGAUUAAUAUUUAUGCAUUUGGCAGACGCCUUUAUCCAAAACGACUUGCAGUGCAUUGAACCUAUACAUUUUUUGUAAUUCUGUCAUUUAAAAUGGAUUAAAAUAAGACACAAACCAUUUUAAGACAGCUUCCAGUAAGACUUCUUUUUAUGUAACCAUUUUCCUGUGAAGUGUUUACCAGGUUCAUUAUGGCGAAAUGUUAAAUUAGUAACCGUGUAGUUUUUAAAACCAUACCAGACAUGUUAGUUCCGUAGCCCUAAACUAUUAAAUGUUAUCUCAAAAAUGAUUCUGGUCUCGCCUGAAGCUCUGUUUAAACAAGAAUUGUGCCGUUUACACAGAUGUAUCCUAGAGGCCUUCUUGACUAAAUGCACAGCGUCAUGCGCAAAACUCAUUUUUGUAAAUCUAUGUUCUGCUUCUGAAGCCACGAGUAAAAAGGAGAAAAGCAAGAUAAUGGUAUUCAGUAAUGAAGUCCAGUAUACAUUUCACUUUGCAUUGUAUACAAUGUGCUGAAAAUUCCUCAUAUUUACACUUUUUAUAUGCUCCGAUACUUUAACGCUGCUUUUGUGCCAUAUACAUUUGUAUUGUUUAUCUGCCUUUCCUGAUCCUGCAGCUUAAAGACGGCAUUUGGUGACAUUUCUCUGCAUUACAAGUUAUUUGUCUGCAAUGAAAUGUUUGUUGAAAUGUUUCACUGUAUUCUAUAUCAAAUAUAGCCUAUAUAUAUUGCAUUUGUACUCGCCUGGUUUACUAACACCUGUCUAACACACAAACGACAAUGUUUAUUUGUAGCUAUGCAAUAAUUGUUUUGUGUUGUAAACAUUGUGCUGUUUUUAGCUCUUUACUGACAAUCAACAUGUGAUAUGAAACAUGCUUUUUGAGGUUUUGUGAUGUUUUGGAAGCAUUUAAAAAAUAAACUAAACAUGUCUGUU